AAACUGGAAAUGAAAUGACAUUCUUUCUGUCAAUUCCCCUUUCUAUGCCAUCGUAAAAUGGACCCAGGCAUAGGGUGCUGAUUAAAAUUUUACUUUUCUCUUUAUUUCAUUAAGCUAAUUCUAUAAAUAUCAGUUCAAAAUGAGCGUUUUUAAAUCAGCCAUGGGCUACUUUAGUUCUAGUGGUGCCAAUGGCGGCAGUGAUAAUGAUUUUGUUGGUCAGUUUGUGGAAAUCGGAAACAUGAAACUAAGAGUGAAAAAGGUGAUAGCAGAAGGUGGUUUUGCAUUUGUAUUCGUUGCUCAAGACGUGUCCUCCGGCACAGAAUAUGCCCUGAAAAGGCUAAUGGCAGCCGACGAGCAAGCCAACAAGAAUAUAAUUCAAGAGAUUAGCAUAUUAAAAAAAUUAUCUGGUCACCCUAAUAUAAUUAAAUACAUAGCAGCUUCCUUUAUUGAUAAAUCAAAGACAACCCAUGGAAUGGGUGAAUAUUUGUUGUUGACUGAUUUGUGUACUGGCGGCAGUUUAAUGGAGGCUUUGCAGAAUAGAGGGCAGGCGUUCCCUCUGCAGACGAUAUUGAGGGUAUUCUACCAGAUGUGUAGGGCUGUUCAGCAUAUGCACGCCCAAGUGCCUCCAAUAGCGCAUCGUGAUCUCAAACUAGAAAAUUUUCUUAUAUCUAGCGAAGGUACAAUCAAACUGUGUGACUUCGGAUCGGCCACCACCGACGUCUACUCGCCGAAUCCCUCGUGGAGCGCCAACCAGAGGAACAUGCUGGAGGAAAAUCUGGCGCAGUUCACGACGCCCAUGUACAGAGCGCCCGAACUUCUUGAUACUUGGGACAAUAGGAAGAUCGACCACGAGGUAGACGUUUGGGCGUUGGGCUGCAUACUCUACACUCUGUGCUUCAUGCAACACCCUUUCGAAGAUUCAGCUAAACUGGCAAUACUGAACGGAAAUUACAAUUUGAACCCCAACGAUCAGAGGAAUAAGUGCUUUCAUGAUAUUAUUCAUGGAUGCCUGACGGUGAAUCCCGAAGAGCGGUUGACGAUCAACAGUGUCCUAGAACGAUUAGCGGCCAUAGCGGAGUCGAACAACGUCAACCUGAAGCAACCACUCAAAUUUGAGCGUAAAAAAGUUGAACAAUCCGUGGCCACUAGCUCGCCAGCGAGCAAAGAUCCUGCAUCUGCCAGCCAGGAAGUGCCGAACUCUCGGCCUCCGGAGCCAGCGCGGCCUCCCCCGCCGUCUCGCCCUCCUCCCGCGGCCCCUCACCCCUCGCAACACCCCCCCUCGGCUCAUUCGAACUCGGGAGGAUUGUUUUCGUCAAUCAAAGGAGGCGCUGGUAGUUUCCUGAGAAAUUUGAAGGACACGUCGUCGAAGGUUAUGCAGACUGUCCAACAGUCGAUAGCUAGAACUGAUUUGGAUAUAAGUUAUAUAACUAGUCGCAUCAUUGUUAUGCCGUACCCGUCUGAAGGUCUGGAGAGCGCGUAUAAGACUAACCACAUUGAUGACGUUAGGGCAUUCCUGGAGAGUCGUCACCCCGGCGGCAGGUACUGCGUGUACAACCUGUGCCGGGGCGCGCGCUCGCCGCUGGGGAGGCCCGGCGGCGAGGGCGCGGGCCGGGCGCUGUGGCCCACCGCCGCCCACCGGGCCCCACUGCUAGCACCGUUCUAUUCAUUACUGCAGAAUAUGUAUCAAUAUCUGGGAAAGGACGAUAAAGGAGCGCUAGUGUUGACUUGCCAGGACGGCAAAGCAAUGUCAUGCGUGGUGCUGUGCGGCCUGCUGUUAUACGCCAAACUGGUGACUGUUCCGGAAGACGCGCUACAAAUAUUUGCUGUCAAACGGUCACCCAUCAACAUCGCGCCCAGCCAACUGCGGUAUCUCUAUUACCUCAGUAAUAUCGUCAGACCUGAACCUGUUCUCCCACACUUCAGGCCGGUGACACUGGUUUCUCUAACGAUACAACCUGUGCCGUUGUUCACGAAAGCGAGAGACGGUUGCCGGCCAUACAUAGAGAUAUACAACGAAGAUAGACUGUUGCUAUCAACAUUGCAAGACUACGAUAGACUUCAUGUGUAUACAAUGGCUGAAGGGAAAGUGACGUUACCGCUAGACACGACGGUGACGGGAGACGUGUCGGUGUGCGCCUACCACGCGCGGCAGCAACUCGGCCGAGUGCACUCGGUGCCGAUGCUCGCCCUCCACUUCCACACCGGCUUCCUGGCCCACUCCCAACACGCCAUCAAGUUUAACAGAUCUGAAAUCGACGGUAUAGACGAAUCAUCACCGGUGAACGACCACUUCUCAAACAACACGAACGCGGUGAUAAGCCUAGUGGUGCAGAAUGGUGAACGCAGGAAGCCAAGAAGCGAUUUGUGGGAGGAAGACCAUUCGUUCCCGAUACGGACGCCUGAUGUACUGUUCUCUACUACGCUGGAGAGGGACGAGACUAUUGAUAAUUUUGUGACAGCGGAUUACCCCCCAAAAGAGGUCGAGAAACCGGCCCCCGUUCCUACUCGGCCGCCGCCCCCCCGGCCCGCGCCCCCCGCCGCGCCCCCCUCAGACACCGCGGACUUUCUCAAUCUAGCCAAUGCGGCGGUGGCGCCGCCAACCGAGCAGAAGAAGAAACUCACCAGUGAUGAUUCGUUCGAUUUCUUCGGCAUGAUGGAAAAACAAACGGACGAGAGUUUCGGAGAUUUCCUCAGUUCUAACAAGGAAGAGGCGCAGAAUUUCUCAUCGGAAUCUAUAUUCGGCGAGCCGGCCAAGGGUGUGGAGUCAGCAGAGCGACCCGUGGCGAGUGACUUCGACCCGUUUGGCCUCAACGACCCGCUGCCCAAACAGGAGCCGCUGUUGACACCACGACCAGUGGUGGAAGAGGUCCGAUCUCAAAGCGUGCCCCCCGAAUCAUCAAAGAAGGAUCCGUUCGCGGAUCUGGGCCUGCUCGGCUCGUUGCCUAGCAACGCGGCCGGCGCGGCCAGCGCGGCGCCGUCGGCGGCGGCGUCGCCUGCGCACACGCCGGCGAGGUCGCCUGCGCAUCAACCUGAUUACAGCCGAAGCCACUUCGAACCAGCAAAGACACCGGCCGACGACAAGCCCAAAAAGUCCACAGAUGUGUUCGGCGACUUGCUCGGCAGCCAGGGGUACGACUUCGCGAAGAGAGACGCCGGGCCCAAGACCAUGAACGCGAUGAGGAAGGAGGAGAUGGUGAGGGAAAUGGACCCCGAGAAACUGAGGAUACAUGAAUGGACGGAGGGCAAGAAAGCCAACAUCCGAGCGUUGCUAUGCUCCCUGCACACCGUGGUGUGGGAGGAGUGUCGCUGGACACGCGUGGACAUGUCUCAACUUGUGUCGCCUGCCGAUGUUAAGAGGAAUUACAGGAAGGCGUGUCUAGCUGUACAUCCUGAUAAGCAAAUGAACACUCCCAACGAAAACAUUGCAAAAAUGAUAUUCAUGGAACUGAACAACGCAUGGAGUGACUUUGAAAAUGACGCGAAACAGCAAAACCUGUUCCAAUCUUAACGUGUACGAAAAUAAUAGGUAUUUAAAAAAAUAUUUUUUUACCCUCUUUAAUUUUAUGCCAGUGUCCAACGAUAAUGUGGUAUUUUUAAAUUUGGAUUUUUUCGAAUGCACAACUGAUCUUCUUUUAUAUAGCCAGUGAAUAAAUAAAUUGUAUUAAUUGAAGGAAACUUAUUUUUAAGCAAAACAAUAGUUCUGAUUAUGAUUUGUUUUAUUGAAAUUCGUAAAAAUGGUACACAGGAUGAAAAUGCUGAAACUUGAAUGACUAAUCACUUCAAAAUUAUACUAAAUCGUCUUAAAAUGUUUUAUGCACUUACUUAAAAGUGUUUUUUUUCCUUUAACGGCCUUCUACAAACCAGAGGUAGAGAUGGAAUGAUCCUUUUCUGGGCCCAUUCCAAAUUGUCAUUUUUCUUGUUCGAUUGCAAUUAAUAAUGUAUAGUUAUAUAUAAAUUUAUAUAGAUAUUGUGCGAUAGCAAUCUAUGGCACAGAUAUAAAUAAGCUGUUAAAAUUACUAUGUCUUCUCCGUAUUUCUACCAGGUGUUGGUUGUAUUGUCGCCCUGUUAAGAAUAAGUAAAGAUAAAGUGUAAAUUGGAAUAUAUGGGUAUAAUCUAUAGUGCAUAGCGAAGCUGUUUUGAGAAGUUUAUUUGACAGAUGCCCAAUUUUCUAAUUUUUUUUUAAAUUUAUUUAUUGAAAUGUAAUAAAUAUUUAUAUAAUACGGGACAAAUUACACAAAGUUAGUGUAGUUUAUGUACUACUAUUAUUAUUGGAAUAUAUAAAUAAAAUAAAAAAAUAAAAUAUUCAAAAUUAUUUUAUUAAUUGUCCCACGUUGGGCGCCAGUGUUGCAAGCUCAAAUAUCUGUCAAAUAACACUUCUCAGGACUACCACACAUCGUAUUGUUUAUAAUCAUUCACGGAUCAGAAUGAACGUUGCCAAAGAACAAAUAAAUCCACUAGCAAUACGCUUUCUAUCUAGAACCCAGGGUCCUCUUAAGACAACUAUAAAAUAAUAACAAGGUAAGCCAGGAAGCCCGAACAGCUCUGGGGCUUGAUAUGCCUCGACUUAUCUACGUAUUUAUUUUACUCUAUGGUUAACGUCAAAGGUAAAAAGAGAGGUUAGUUAAGCCUUCUCAACGUUCAUGAAUAAGUUGUUCGUUCUAUUUGCCUGGAUGUGUAGGUUUUCACACGAUAUUUAUUAUCCUUCCCCACAAAAGAAGGUGUAAAGAUUUGAUUUAUUUAUUCUGUGUCAACGUUCAGAAACAUCCUUGUUGGUCUAUAGCUAACAUUUUCAUAGAUAAUAUAGAAAGUUUUCAAUGUUGAUGCUUCUAAACUUCGGCCCAGUCGGAUGAAAUCUGUUUGAGUAGAUAUAAUAAUGAAAUAUAAUAAAAAUAAUGUCCGCUUUCGGAUUUCUUUCUCAUUCGGACGAAGUGUGUAGUGUAGUACAAUUUAUAUAACUGAAAAAAAAAUUAUAUUCAAUGUUGAAUGUUUCCGCGGAUAUGCCCGGUUAGGUACCGUAAAUUCUCACCUUUUUUUUAAUAAAUUGGAGGUCUCAUAAUUAAACAAUCAUAUGGUUUAUAUAAUAUUUUUCUAUCUCUGAGGACAACUGAAUAUAAGACAUAUAUACGUCUUUUUUAUGUUUUUGAAGAGCCGCACUUUUUGUCUAGUGUUUCUGUACUAUUCACUCGCCAAACAAGGAAUGGAGUUUCAAAUCAAAAUAUACUACAAUAUUGUAUACCUAUCUAAUUAUAUAUAAAUAUAUGAUAUACAAUAUACAAUCAUCAAUAUAGGUAGGCUGAGAAAAUUUCCAUUUUUUUAAAAUAUUUAAGUAAGUUCAAUACGUAAACUCAACAAUUAUAACAGAAUUCGGCAUUGUUAUUGUUGCAAAUAGGUAUACGAUUGAAUGCAGAGGAUGUAAGGAUAUCCGCGGAAAUAAUGUUAUUCUCGGCGUAAACGUAAGCGAAUGUUAGCGGCUUCAUAAAUGCUGUUAUAUGUAUAUUGUGUAAUUAAAAUGUUUGUCUGUUUUUGGAUUGGUGUAAUUAUGAAGUUGCUUUAUUAACUGUAUUGAUAAUUAUAAAUAGGAAGCUAUUAAGUAAAAUUAAUUACAGCACAACAGAAGCCGCGGGCGAAGUUAUAAAAAAAAGUUAUGGUAGUGCACGUAAAAGGUCGUAGUUGAGCGAACACGAAUGUACGUACCAUUUUUAUAAAUGUUAAGUUCACUUUUACAAAACAAGGAAUGGAAAAAUGACCUUGAAAUUAUUCCAGUCCUCUGCCCCUUUUUUGUCACAAUAAUAAGAGACAGAGGCAAUAAAAACGAAUCUGUUAUUUUCUAAUAAGCCUUUUAAAAUAAAUUUUAUCCGAGAUCAUUUCUUCAUUCUAGAAUUUUGUAUGUUAUAGGUUUGGCUUCAAAGUUUGUGUAUUACUUCUGCGCAAAUCUAUCAAAAUACCCGGCACGUAAUUUAACCCAAAAUGGCGGCGAUAGCCUAUGCCAUAGUUGCCAGAGCUAUACGUCAUUAAUGACAUCUCUAAACGUGUAUACAUAAGUCAAGAUACGUUCCGGUAAGAAUACUAGGUAGGUAUGUUGUUUAAGGCCCGUACUUACUAGGAUUUUCAUGUGUACGAGCCUUAUGGAUAAACGCUGGCCGUUUUUCUUAUUACUAUGUUGAUUUUGGGUUUGUGAAUAUGUUUUAGUACAUUCCUAUGUUCCAUGUGUAUGGCAAUAUUGUGCUGACACCCUGUAGUGGUAAUGUAAAUCACAGCUAUUCAGAAUCAAUGCAAUGUAUAGAAAUAAAUAAAUAAAUAGUUAAUUUCUUGUUUGUACAUAGUUGUGGAUCACACCUUUAGGCGCCUCGAAUCACUAUGCAUUUAUAAUUACCAUUUUCAAUUAAGAAUAGCGUUUUAAUUUAAAUUACGGUUUAAGUUUUAAUUUGUCGCUUUGCCAUGAAACUGUUCAGUAAUGAAAUUUCAGAAUUUUCUGGUGCUAGAUCAGCUAUAUAUGUAGAAUAGCUGAGGUUUUAUUUCGUAAUUGUAAAAUUGGCCCCAAAGUUAAAGAUUAUGUUUCAAGCUUGGUGUGAUUCUACCCUUAUUUUAAGUUCCUUAUACUCAAAGUAUUUUGUAUUUUUUGUUAUGGCAUUUUAUUGUUAGGUAUGAAAUGAAUUGCGUUCAAACGUACGUACUUACGUCUUGUGAAAUGUAUAUUUUGCUUAGGAAACGAUGUCCAUACAUUACGAAUAAACGAAAAUAAUAAUAAAUAAUUGCA